AUGACCGACGCUCAGCCCGAGAUGAAGAUCGAUCCAGCGAGAGCAAAGGCGCUCGUUUCCCAGCUGCAGUCCGUGCAGGAGCGCGUGGCCGCCGUGGCCGCGGGCCGAAAUGUCCGGCUGGUGGCAGUCUCCAAGCUUAAGCCGGCCAACGACAUCCUUGCUCUGCACCAGGCCACGCCGCCGCAGGUGCAUUUCGGCGAGAACUAUGCCCAGGAGUUGGGGCAGAAGGCCGAGAUGCUGCCGCGGAGCAUCCAGUGGCACUUCAUCGGAGGGUUGCAGUCCACACACGCCAAGAAGAUCGCCAAGAUCCCAAACCUCUUCUGCGUGUCCUCCGUCGACACGCUCAAGAAGGCGCAGCUGCUCAACUCGUCACGCGCGGAUCUCAUCUCCUCCGACGCGGCCGUCGAGCCGCUCGGCGUACAUGUGCAGGUCAACACCUCGGGCGAGGAGUCCAAGUCCGGCGCGGCGCCGGGCGAUGAGACGGUCGCGCUUUGCCGGGCCGUCGAGAACGACUGUCCGUCGCUGAAGUUCCUGGGUCUGAUGACCAUUGGCGCCAUCGCGCGGAGCAAGGCGACGACGCCGGAGAACGAGAACGAGGACUUCUUGUGUCUGAAGGAGCAGCGCGAUUUGGUUGCCAAGGAACUGGGGCUGACGAGAGAGUUGGAGCUGAGCAUGGGGAUGAGCGAGGACUUUGAGGGGGCGGUGAAGCUGGGUAGUAGCGAGGUCAGAGUCGGCAGUACUAUCUUCGGGGAGAGGGGGCCCAAGAAUGAGGCGAAGCUUGUUGUUUAG